AUUUCCUUCGGAUGAAUCAAAGCAAUGCUGUUCACAUAAUCUGGUUGUUACUUGGCCUAGUCAUUAUUUUGCUGAUCAUAUACACAGCCAACACAUUUUCUAUUUUUCCCAGCAGGAUACCAUGUAAUUACAAAAACCUAGGUGAUAGUUUUGUGGUGAACGCAUCAUCAACGACAACGACGAUACCAUCAUCAACAUCAUCAUCAUCCUCGAUAUCCUUGCAAUCCGUUUAUGACAGCGAUGAUGCCAUAAUAAAUAACAACAGGAGUAUUAGUAGUUAUAGCGAUAGCAGUAGUAGUAAAAGUGAGAAAAUUGUAAAAAAUCGGAGCAACAUGACUGAUAACGAGAGUAUACUUUAUCAUCAUUAUAAAAAGAACAUCAGCCAGAGCGGCAGCAAUGACAUGCAUCACGUCAACGGUGGAAGGGAACAAAAACCGUGGAGCAGCAUCAACAUCUCUAGCAGUAAGUCGUCAACAGCAAGCUCGUUAGAUGCCAUCGAUGUGUGUCGUGACGACGUCAUCGUCGACUGGAUGCCAUUCUCGGUGUCACACUUUUCCAUGUUGACAGUUUGCAUCAUCACGUACAUAGUGCUAUUGUUCUGCCUGAACCGGAAAAGACUUAAUGAGAUUUACCUUUUCUACAUUUCGUAUGCGAUUAUUUUCACACUCCUCUUUAUUGACGUAAGCUUUUUAACGUUUUCAUCAAGUGAUUACAGCAAUUAUAACGCAAGUGGCAGCAUAACGAUUGUGUCGGUGUACGUGAUUUACACAAUGCUUCCGAUACGAUUACGCGAAGCGAUAAUUGGAGCAACUCUCCUGACUGGCAUCCAUUUGGCAAUGGUGUUAUCGAUGAACAACGACGCGUCCUUGAAUGCGGAUCUCGUGUGGACCGGCUUUAUCGCGCUGAGUUGCGUUAAUUUGUGCGGCAUUAUGUUACACUUUCCGCGCGAGCAGUCACAGCGGAAGGCGUUUCUUGAGACGCGCGAUUGCGUCGAGGCACGUCUGAAAAUCCAGCGAGAAAAUCAGCAGCAAGAACAAUUAUUGUUAUCCGUGUUACCGCGACACGUAGCGAUGGAAAUGAAGAACGAUAUUGCGGGGCAGCCACGCGAAGAACAAUUUCACAAGAUUUAUAUACAACGACACGAGAACGUGAGUAUAUUAUUUGCUGACAUCUGCGGUUUUACGACAAUGAGUGAUCAGUGCACGGCCGAGGAGUUGGUUCGACUGCUGAACGAGUUAUUUGCACGUUUUGACAAGCUUGCACAAGAACAUCAUUGUUUACGGAUAAAAUUGCUUGGCGAUUGUUACUACUGUGUAUCGGGACUGCCCGAAGCGAGACCAGAUCAUGCAUUGUGUGCGGUCGAGAUGGGACUCGAUAUGAUUGAUGCGAUUGCAUUGGUGCGAGAAGUAAUGGCUGUGAACGUUAAUAUGCGCGUAGGAAUUCACACAGGUCGUGUGCAUUGCGGGGUUCUCGGACUCCGGAAAUGGCAAUUCGACGUGUGGUCCAAUGAUGUCACGCUGGCCAACUACAUGGAAAGCGGUGGCGUACCUGGCCGAGUUCACAUAACGAAGGAAACACUAAAUUGCUUGAAUGACCACUACGAAGUCGAGGAAGGAAAAGGUUGUGAAAGAAAUUCCUAUUUAAAAGACCAUCAAAUACAGACGUAUCUUAUUGUGCCAAAGGACAGCUAUCGAACGCACACGUUAUCCAAACAAUCGUCAUCGAUAAACGGAAAUGUGUCGAAAGAGUUGAGAACGUUGGGACAUUGGGGCAAACUCGGCUUUGGCGUUGACAAGUGCGAGACGAAAUCAACAGAGGAGGAACUCAACGAAUACCUCUUGAAAGCGAUUGACGCACGUAGUAUCGACAGACUGCGACGUGACCACUGUCACAAAGUGCUCCUGACGUUCAAAAAAUCGGACAUCGAAGAGAAAUAUUCCAAGGAUCCCGAUCCCAUGCUCGACAUUUACUUUAAUUGCACAACAAUCGUUUUCCUAACAACGCUUAUCAUUCAGUUGAUUACACUCAAAAUGAAUUUGUACGAUUAUUCGGUAAUUCUCAUCGUGUCGAUGGUUUUUACAGUGCUUGUGUGUCCAAUUUGGUGUAAGCAAAGCAAGUUUUCGAUUGAGUGCUUUAACACAUACACUGAUCGCAUUCACAGCAAAAAUGGGUGUGCACAACUUGUAUCCUUAUCAAUUGCUGUAACAACGAUUUUUUUAUCGUACUUUAAAAUCCUAAAUGUUAGCUCAUCUGAUGCAAAUGCGUGUGAAUUAUCGAAGAUGUUUGAUGUCGUUACCGUGCUGACGCUCCUCACGAUAAUUGUGGCUGCUGUUCACCAAUCAAUAAAAAUUUUAUUAAAAAUUGGCUUGUUACUGUUGAUAUUGCUCCUUUAUCUAAUUGUGGUAUUUAUGUUGCGUGACAAGGGAAUGCAAUAUAGUUGUGAGCUGUGGCAUUCCCUUACAACGCGCUUCCACAUUGAUAUCGUAUUUGUGAUUGUGUUCCUGCUCGGACAGUUAAUUAACACCCAGCAAAUGGAAAUUACGCGUCGGCUUGAUUUCAUUUGGAAACUCCAAGCGACAGAGGAAAAAACAGAGACCGAGCAUUUGCAGGCGUACAAUCGAAAAUUGCUGGCGAAUAUUUUACCAGUACACGUGGCUGAUUACUUCUUGUCACGUGAUAAGAACAUAGAUGAAAUUUACCACGAACAAUGCGAGAGUGUUUGUGUCAUGUUUGCUACAAUCCCAAAUUUUUCCGAAUUUUAUGUAGAAUUAGAGGCAAAUAACGAGGGUGUUGAAUGUCUGCGUCUCUUAAAUGAAAUAAUAGUUGAUUUUGAUGAAUUGUUGUCCCAGGAAAGAUUUAGUUAUGUGGAAAAAAUAAAAAGCACAGGAAGUACGUACAUGGCAGCAAGUGGCUUGACAAAUAACACGACGGGACAUCAACAUGUUUUUGCUAUGAUUGAGUAUGCCGUCGAGCUAUUUCAGAAGAUAACGAAUGUGAAUGAACAUUCAUUUAAUAAUUUCCGCAUGAGAAUCGGCAUCAAUAUUGGAAGUGUGGUUGCCGGUGUCAUUGGCUCGAGAAAACCGCAGUACGACAUUUGGGGAAAUACAGUUAAUGUUGCAUCUCGCAUGGACUCCACUGGAAUUAUGGAUCACAUUCAAGUAACGGAGGAAGUUUAUCGCAUUGUCAAGGACAAAUACCACCUGACGUGUCGUGGCACGGUACAUGUCAAAGGCAAAGGCUCCAUGGUAACAUAUUUGAUGCCUGGACUUCCAGGCUAAAUCCAUCGUUGUUGCUUUCGUUGUUGUUACAAAAAAAAAUAUAUAUUGAUCUCUGAAAAAUAAAUAAACCUAAUGAACGAAAAUGUUAGAGCUAAAAGAAAAAUAAAUUAGUUAAGAAUAAAUUAAAUAGAUACAUAUCAUAUCGAAUUUAUGAGAAAAUAAGAAAAAACGUUAAAUGAUAUUGAAAGAUGUUGCCAAAAAAAAAAAUUAGACAGUCAUGUUAAGUGUAGCUAAAUAUAAUUAGGAGGAUGGAAAACGAUCUAUUUUUGAACAAAUAAAACUCACGAA